CAUAUAAAAUCCCAUCAAUCGAAUCACUUUUUCGAGAAAUACAAGACAUCUAAGUCAUACAAGUAAAGUAUUUAUUCAUAGAUAAGAAAAAAUCAAAUAUUUCAACAUCAUAAGUCAUAAACAAUGGUUUGGGGAAAAGAUAAAAUAUCGGAGAGGCAGGAGGAGAUGGGAGAACCUCCUUCGGUAAUAGUUAGUUAGGCGUAUUCUUGUUGUUCGGUAAUUAGUUUCCUUCAGCCUGUUAUCAUGUGCAUGUAUGCUUCAUUGGAUAUGACUUUACGAUCAUGAUCUCACUCAGUCAUAUUGAUUGUAGUUCUUCUUCGGAAGACGAGGACGGAGAUCUAAAGCCCGAGGAGGAAGAAAGGAUGAAAAGGGACACUCUAGGCCUUGCUGAUAUAGCUAUAGAAUACUACAACAAGAACGAAUGCGUGAGUUAUGUGUUUGACAAGCCCUUUCUUUGCCGUUGCAUUCUCUUUGAGCUUGUGAUGGUUUUCCAUUUCAACUUCACCGCCAAGGAGGAGAACGCCUCUCCCAUGGAAGGGAACAACCCUUCCAGUCCGUUGUUUUUUGCUGAGGCCAUCAGAUACUACGGGGGAGAUUUCAACAUUCUCAAAUGUGUCAAGUUGGAUACUUCUGUAGACAAUGGUGUCCGCAAUGGUUGCAUCUAUUGCCGUAAAGAAAUUAAACAUCCUCCUGUGGGAAUAUGCGAGUUUGGUGUGAACGAGAUUGAUGAUUACAUAAACUUAGAAAGACAAAUGAAAGCAAACACCAGUCCAUGACCAAGGAAGAAGCUGACUGACUGCCACCAUUACCUCUCCUUCCCAUACCCCAGAUGCCGACCUGCUCAAGUAGUAAAUUUCCCUUCUUGUUAGCUGCCUACCAAACUUGGUUUAACUUAUAUACUCUAUGCAAAUCUGUCCAGAGAAGUAUGUUAUUUAAUAUGUGUUGCUGCUAUUAGAAACCGUAAUAGUAGUCGUUCGGUUUGAGCGAGCAAUGGUCUUUCCAAGUAUGUUUACAUCUGCGAUCCAUCAUGUAUUUUGGUUUCUGAAACUUAUGCUCAGUAUUCUAACUAUCAGUCAGUUGUAUGUUUAAUUGUUCAUAACAUAAUCCUCCCCCUGUCCGGCUUUAUCUCAGUCGCACCUCUCUUCUCCUGUACGCCAAUUUAUGUUGCAGUUCGUUCGUUCACAAAAAAGUUUGAGGCUGGCAGACUACGAUAAACGGCAUGGUUCCGU